AUUUAAUUUCGAAUAUGAACAUUCUAAGUCUAUGUUAUUUAUUUGUAGUCGCAGCUGUAUCCACAGCUUCACCCAUUUUAAAUUCUACUUUAGACAGUUACAGCGACUGUAACAUUAAUAGAUACAAUGACGUAGCUUCAGUUACGGCCAAAUGUAAAAAUAUUAAUGUAGGUAGUUUUGCUGUACCGGCUGGACAAACUUUGAAAUUCGCUCUUAAAUCUGGUACGACUUUAACCUUUAACGGCGAAAUAAGUUUUGGUUUUACACAAUGGAACGGUCCAUUAAUGUGGAUCACUGGAAACAGCGUUACUGUACAAGGAUCAUCAAGUCAAUAAAUCUUUUAAUUUCAGGUCAUUUGUUGAAUGGAAGAGGAGAGAAAUGGUGGGAUGGAAAAGGUGAUCACAGCAAGAAACAGAAGCCUAAAUUCAUGCUCAUUCAAAAACAUCAAAGUAAAAAAUUGCCCACACACUUGUAUUGGAAUCUCUGAUUCGCAUGACUUGACUUUGCAAAACUGGAAUAUUGAUUCUAAAGAUGGAGACACAAAAGGAGGAGCCAAUACCGAUGGUUUCGAUGUUGCAAAAUCCUACAAAGUAACUAUAAAAGAUACUAACGUUUGGAACCAAGAUGACUGCAUAUGCGUCAACCAGGGUCACGAUCUUCUUUUUGAUAAUAUACAAUGUACCGGAGGACAUGGUUUAAGUAUUGCAGUUGGCAUUUAUAAUACUUACGCUCUCAAUACUGUUCACAACGUAACUUUCCAAAAUUCUGUUGUUAAAAAUUCAAGGAAUGGUAUCCACGUUAAGACCAUCGCUGGUUCACAGACAGGAGAGAUUUCAGCUGUCACAUAUAAAAAUAUAAAACUUUCAGGUAUUUCAUAUUACGGGAUCAACGUACAACAAGACUACACAAACAAUGGUGACACUCACAAACCAUUAGGUAAUAUCAAAAUCAAACAGCUUACUAUGCAGGGCAUUUCUGGUACUUUGCAUGGUUCCAAUUCUCAAAGAGUAUACAUUCUGUGUGGAUCUGGAGGAUGCAACAAUUGGAGCUGGAGUGGAGUCAAUCUUAGCGGCGCUUCAAAAGGCGAUUCUUGUAACUUUUCUCCAAAUGGAUUUCCAUGUUAGAAUUAGGAUUUAUGCGAAUUAUAUCGAAAAUUUAAAUACAUAGAAUUGAAAACAAUGCAAUUAUAUUUAAAAGUAAUUAUAAUUA